CCUUCCUUCUGCGCAGGCGCGGUGUCACUUACCCGGCAUGGAAGUAGUGGGCCUCUUGUGUGCGGUGGCGGUGGCUGUCCUGACAUGGGGCUUCCUCCGGGUUCGGGACUCGGCGGAACGAAUGAGGUCUCCGGAGCAGGCGGGCCUGCCGGGAGCCGGAAGCCGGGCCCUUCUGGUGAUCGCGCACCCGGACGAUGAAGCCAUGUUCUUUGCUCCCACGGUGCUAGGCUUGGCCCGCCUCGGGCUGCGGGUGUUCUUGCUCUGCUUCUCCGCAGGAAAUUACUACAGUCAAGGAGAGAUUCGGAAGAAAGAACUUCUGCAGAGCUGUGACGUCUUGGGGAUCCCACCUUCCCGGGUAACGGUCAUUGACAAGAGUGAGUUUCCAGAUGACCCAGGAGUGCAGUGGGACACAGAGAGUGUGGCCAACACCCUCCUCCAACACAUACAGGUCAAUGGCAUCAACCUGGUGGUGACUUUUGAUGCCGAAGGAGUCAGUGGUCACAGCAAUCAUGUAGCUUUGUACAGAGCUGUGAGGGCCCUGCACUCUGAAGGGAAGCUGCCUACAGGGUGUUCCGUACUCACUCUGCAGUCUGUAAGCAUGCUCCGGAAGUAUCUCUACCUCCUGGAUCUGCCCUGGUCUCUACUCUCAUCCCAGGAUGCCCUCUUCAUGCUCACCAGCAAAGAAGUGGCACAGGCCAAGAAAGCCAUGUCCUGCCACCAGAGUCAGCUCGUCUGGUUCCGCCGCCUCUACGUCCACUUCUCCAGAUACAUGAGAAUCAACUCACUGCAGUUCCUCUGAAGCCAGAGAGUUUUCAGAUCUUCGGAACAAAAGGGAGGAAAGGACCAAGAAGUCCCUGGGUCUGGCUUUGGACUGCCUUAUCUCCUUAGCCUGGGGAGAUCCCAGCAAAGCAGCCUCUGAGAACAAACCCUAUGGACAAGAGUCACACAGACCCUGCUUCCUCCUUAGGGAAAAAAAACACCAAGACCCAAAACUACACCAAUGCAAUACUCACCUAUUUAUUUUUAUAAUAUAUACACAGCACAAGCUAUGAAAAAUAUUUUCAAAUCUCAGAGGCUAAAAAGAUGCAUAGAGUCAGGUGAUGGCAGACGCCUUUAAUCACAGCACUCAGGAGACAGAGAUAGGCCGAGCCCUAUGAAUUCGAGGCCAGCCAGAGCUACACAGAGAAACCCUGUCUUGGAGAAAAAAUGCAUAGAAUUACAAUACUUCCAGGUAGUGACAAUGAGAAUUAUUUUGUACCUGUUCAUAUUUAUUUUGCUAUCUAUUGUAAAUUAAGAGGCUGGGGAUGGAAACUCGGGUGGUAGAGUGCUUGCCUAGGUCUGGCCUCCAGCAUAGCAUAAACUCUGUGCCAACAUUUGGGCUGUGGAGGCAGAAGUAUCAGAAAUUCGGGGUCUUCCUCAGAUACAUAGCAAGUUUGAAACCAACCCAGGCUAAAGAAGACUCUUCAAAAAUAAAUAAUACAUAAAAACCUAGGAAGGAA